CUUUGUUUUGAUACGCUUUGAGGUUACGUCAAUGUUGAUGUUCUGUGAUCUCAUCUCUUUUUUCGAGUUCUUUGAAGUUUGAGGUAACGAACUUCUGCUGAAUUUAUCGAAGAAAAUCAAGUUGACCAACACAAAAUGGCAAAGUCAAAGAACCAUACCAAUCAUAACCAAAAUAGGAAAGCCCACAGGAAUGGAAUUAAGAAGCCUAAGCAAUACAGGCAUGAAUCUACAUUAGGUAUGGAUGCCAAAUUCUUGAAAAACCAAAAAUUCUCCAAGAAGCAUAACUUGAGUACAAAACAACAGUUGAAACGUGCAGCAGAACGUAAAGCAUCCAGAGAAGCUAAAGCCACUAAGUAGAUUCCAUUUGUUUAUAAUAUGACAUAAAAAUAAUUAAGUUAA